AUGCCAUCGUUGCUACGUACCAACUAUGCACUCAUGAUGUUCUACGUUCGGGAACGCUUCUGGCGACACGCGGAGCUUGUCUGCACGGACACCAUUAACAGCACCGACAGCUGGGUCUUCCGGGUUUGGCGCGCGCUUUGCUACGACCAGCAGGGUCAAGCAAAUGAGGCACUGCGUGAAUACAAGGCAGCGGAGCAGCGGCGGGAAACCACUCUCCCUGCAUUGAUGGGUAUUGCACUGAUCUAUCGCAGGAACAAAGACGUGGAGGGACUCGCCGCGGUUGAACGCUCUAUGGGCGACGGCUCCCACGCGGAUGACGUGGGUGGGUGGGCACAGGCGGCCGCGCUGGCGUGGGCGGCCGGCGACGCCUCCGGCGCCCGUGACAUUUUCAUGCGCUUUCAGGAUGGCUACGACGAGCACCGCGACGAGUACACCAACCUCGCAACGCUGCGAGCGUGGGUGGAUCUCAGCACAGGCCGCACCGCUUUUUUGGAGAAGUCUGGCACGCUCCUUCGCAAGGUCAUGGAGAUGGAGGAGCAGGACGGGCAGACAGUGGACUUGGAUGCUGCCAUGGGCCGCGUGGUGUACUUUGAGCGCAAGACGCAGUUCUUCCUUGCCCAGCAGCUACUAAACAAACUUAUCGUCAACUACCCGAACUUUGUCCCAGCGCUUGUUGUAAAAGCACGACACCUCAUGAAGGCGGAGGACUGGGAACAGUGUUGGGAGACGACGAAUCGUAUCCUCGCCAAGGAGAAGACAAACCUCGAGGCGCUCGCGCUGAAUACCUUGUUUUUGCUGGUAAAGGACGCCCGCUACGAGGACGCCGCCGCUCAGCUGCCGCGGCUUCUGGAGGCAGUCCAGGAAAAGGAGCCAAGGAAUGCAGCACUGUUUUUCGAGUACGCGCAGUGUUUCUCGCGCCUGAGCGGGACCUACCUGCCGCUGCUGGGCGUCACCCUGCAGUUUGCGGAGGUGGCCCACCGCAUGGUUUCGCAAAAGGGCGACUACCUCGCCGAGGUGGGCUACCAGCAGAUGCUGCGUGGCGAGUACAAAGCGGCCAUCGCCACUUUUAAGAGGGCUUCCGCCACGCCAGACAGCAGCAUAACCCCUCUGCUUGGUCUCAUACGCGGCCUCAUCCUCACCGGCAAUCUUGAUGAGGCUGCGAAGCAGAUUGAGUUUCCCAACGAGAUCCAGGCACCGAACCAGCGCAACGCUGAGUUAAGCCUCCUCAACGCCAUCCUGCAGUGGCGGCGGAAUAAGAACCACGCAAAAACCCUUUUUUUUCUAGACCAAGCGGCAGAGGCUGUGAGACAAGAUGUGGGGUCCUACCAAACGGGGACGCAGCUGUAUGUCAAACUGAACCCGCCACUGAUGCUUGAUAUUGCGAAAGAGUAUAUGCAACACUGCCGCACAGAGCCGCCGGACCCAACCGUGCGCAAAGCAGACCCCAUUGUGGAGAAGUGUAAGCGGCACCUAGAGUUGUUGUUGCGGCACGUUCCAGGCUGCCUGGAGGCGCAGCUCCUCCUCUCCAAGAUGUACUUUGUUGCCGGCGACCUUGAGCGGGGGCAGGCAAUGAUCAAGACAUGCAUCCAGCAUGCACACGUCCUCCCCGACGCGUUUCUGCUUUCCGCACAGAUGUGUCAGUACGUGGGCAACGCCACAUUGGCCUCGCAGGCGCUGGAGCAGGCACUGACUUUGGACUUUGAGAUGAAGGAUCAGCCGCAGUACAACCUGCUGCACGGUAUUGUGCUUGGGAUGAUGAACAAGCUUCAACAGGCGCUGGGGGCGCUGGAGCUGGCGGUAAAACUCACAAAGGACAAGUCGCGAGUGACGAGCAAGGGUCGACCGCUGCAGCCGCUGAGUGUGCAGGACCACGUCAGCCUGUACCUGCAGCUGGCACAGACGCAUCUCAGGCUGCAUGACACAGAGGAGGCGCGCGCCACCUUAGCAGAGGCCACGGCGCUGUUUAAGGACACAACUCAGGCUGGGCGGGUUGCGAUUGCGAGCGCGAUGGUUGCCGCCCGCACAAACAUGGAAAAGGCCGUGGAGAUACUUAAGCAGGUGCCGCCGCAGAGUGAGUUUUUUACCGCCGCCAAGACCCGCAUGGCAAACCUCUAUCUCACAUACCGGCAGAACCGCCAAAUGUACGCCAACUGCUUUGAGGAGUUGGUCGAGGAGGUGCCGACACCGCAGAGCUACUUUCAAUUGGGCGAGGCGUACAUCAACAUCCAUGAGCCAGAGAAGGCCAUCACCGCCUACCAGCAGGCAAAGGCGAUGGACCCUGACAACAGUGAGUUGGACGUCCGCAUCGGACGCGCCCUAGUGUCCACGCACGACUAUCAACGCGCUGUUCGUUACUACCGUGAUGCGGUAGCGGCGGAUGGGGCAACGUUCACCGUCCUUGCCGACCUUGCGACGCUCUACUGGCACCUCGGCGCUCCCGACCGUGCGAUUGGGGUGCUGAAGGAAACGCCGGCGUACAAGACUGAACCGGAUGCUGGGGAGGACGUCAAACGCGCCAUUGAACGUGUCAACUGCACACUGCUUAUGUACAAAAUUCACCGCAGCUGUCAGAAGUCUGAGCUGGCGGUGGAGGCGCUCCUGCAGGCUCGUGGCUUUCAGGAGCAUGUUUUGCACAACUUGCUGCGAAAUGAAACGCGUGAGACAAUGUACCAGCAGAAGAUGGUUGCCUCCACCAUUGCCCUGGAACUGGGCGGUUACUACGCCUCGAUCGGCGACGUGGAACAUGGAAAGGAGUGCUACCAGGCAGCGAAGAUGUACGACGAGUCAAACGAGGCGCCGCUACUGGCAAUGGCGCGGCUCUUGCUUGACAGUGGUGAUGCAGCAGCCUGUGAGGAGCGGUGUAAUGCGGUGCUGCAGAUGAACCCCGCCUGUGAGGAGGCGGUUAUCAUACUUGCCGACGUCAUGAUUUGUCGUUACCGGUUUGAGGAGGCGGCGCAGCACUUUAGCCAGCUCUUGGAGAGGGCCCCGGACAACUAUGAGGCGUUGGUGCAGUAUGUGCGGCUGCUGCGCCACGCCGGGCGUCUUGGCGACGCAGAGAAGGCGCUCGAGCGAGCCGAGGGUCUCGUGCCAGUGGGACAACGACCCCCGUCGGGGUUGAGCUUUGCGCGGGGGCUGUACCACCGCUACUGUUACGAUAAUCUGGAGGCCCUCCGCGCCUUUAACGCCGCGCGGGUGCCCGCCGAUGACUCCGCGUGGAGCACGCCCGCGUUGACGAACAUGAUUGAGAUGUACCUCUUUUCCUCAAACGAGGAGUUUUGGGUUGACACCGUCCUGCGGGACGAGGACAAGAACGAAAACGUUAGGAUCGCCGAGCGGCUGUUGCUGCAGAUGCCGCAAGGGGAGUCGCGGGACAUUCUGCAAGGGUAUUGCUGGCUAGCGAGCAAGAAGCGGCCGUUGGUAGAUCGAGCCAUAAAGGAAUUCACGCAGCUCUGUGCCGCUGCUGAGACGGCGGCGCAGCAGGAGGAGCCGGCGGACGAUGAAAAAAGUGCGGAGGGUGAGGAAAAAGACGAAGAUGAGCAGUUGCUGAGUGACGCCAACCGACCGCUGCCGCCGCGUGGCAGGCCGAACGUUCCCGCCCGUGUGGGUUUGGCCACCGCGUGCUUUAUUGCCGGCUUCGAGAAGAGGGCGGCUGCCGAGAUUAAGAAGAUUGUCUACACCCCGUUUGACCCCCUCACCACUGAUGCCGUGCACCGUGCCCGCCUGCUCGCCGCACACAUGAGCAUCCUCAAAAAGAAGCUUACAACGGCGCAGAAGUUGCUAGAAAAGAACAUUGAGGUUAACAGGAGUUGCGCGCUGACCUGGCUGAUGAUGGGCUCUGUGCACGAGCUUGAGAAUAAUCAUACCGAGGCCGCCAACUGCUACGAGAAUGCCUGGGAACUGACGAAGGAGCGUAAUCCCUCGGUGGGGUACAAACUGGCGUUUCAUCGUAUGAAGUCGGGAAAACUGGUCGCGGCGAUUGAUGUGUGCCGCAAGGUGGUGGAUGUGCAUCCCAGUUAUCCAAAAAUACAUGAGGUUCUGGAUGCCUGCCGCAGCCUUCUCCGGCCCUGA